AUGAUUGGUGGACCGAGCGGAGGAAUGCCACCAACUGGAGGGCAAAAUCCUGGAGGUACACCACCAUUGGGUGGACAGCAACCUGGAGGAGUUCCACCAAUGCCAAUGAAUGGUCAACCUCCUGCAGCUAAUGGGCAACCUCCUGCAGCUAAUGGGCAACCUCCCGCAGCUAAUGGACAGCCUAACGGUAUGCCUAUUCUACCUGGAGGCAUUGGGCAACCGCCGGUACCGCCGCAACCUGUAAUCAAUGGAUAA